AUGCAAAAUCUUCCGCUUCGGCCAGGACCCGCCACCACGUCUCCGCCCCCAGACAUCGAAAUCUGGAAAGCCGUCCCCUCAGACGUGACCCCCAUGGCCGACCUCUUCCUGGACAAGUACGGCGGAGACAAAGCCACCCGGCUCAUGUACACCAAAAGCGAAGUCUGGCCCACCAUCCUCGACACCAUCGAGAGCUACAUCGACUUCGAGAGGGAAGUCCAGUUGAUGAUCGCCAUGGACAUCGACACGCGCAUCCCCGUCGGGUUGAUCUCCGUGGGCGUCGUCCCCGACGGCGUCCACGUGGACGACUACACGGGCAGCGAACUCUCCGUGCACGCGAACUGGGCGAUGCGGGCCGAGCGAGCCAGCGCCAGGGGCGAGGAUCCACGGCGUUUGACCGACGCGAGGCUACGGCUGUCGGACGUGGUCGACAAUCGCUCCCGUGCGGGCCAGGAUCGAUAUAUCGGUCGCUCACAUCUGGUUCUCAACACCUUUGCCGCUGAUCUCAAAGGCCCUACCGGGCGAAUCUACCAAAGCCUGUUGACAUGGGUCAUCAACUUCGCUCAGAUACGUAACUGGCCGAUCUGGGCGCAGUUUCCCGCGAGGCACGUCGGCCCUUUGCAAACAAGACUCCACGCCAUUUUCGACGUACCCCAGAAGAAGUACACAGCUACCCACCAACUCUUUACCAUGCCCAGAGGAACAGAGUCCGGAGGAGACUCACCGGCCGAACUCGACUUUACGGAGCUGGACGAGUUGUUCAUCAUGACCCGUGACGCCAAAAGGGACGACGUCGGCGCCAUGGCCAACAUCUUCAUCAAAUCGUUCAAAGACGACAAGACCGCUCAGCUCCUGUACCCUCGCGACGAAAUCUGGCCCGUGGUCGUUGAGAUGCUGAGGCACUACCUGGACGACGACUACACCCACGUCAUAGUAGCCGAGGACAGAUACACCGACACGACGGUCGGAUGGACGUCGGUCAGCCUCGUGGCCUCGGAUCAAGAGGACCACUUCAAGUUCUGCGAUUCGACCGUCUGGGCCGGUCGCCGGUUGCUACACUUGGGAAGAAGCGAAGGCCCACUGCACGUGGACGAGGUGAGGCGGGCUGGUCUGAUCACGCAACUUAGCAGAAGGAACCGCGAUGGUCAAAAAAGAGAGAUUGAUGGACAACACCUGGUCAUCAACACCUUCGCCAUCCAUCCGGAUGUAUUUGAAGAAGAGAUUCCAGAGAUCGCCUACAAACUGAUGGAUGAUACCAGGGAUCUCGCGAAGGGAGAGGGUCUGCCCCUUUGGGCGCAAUUCCCCCAGAAUUCCCUGGGCAACCUGGAAGAACUCUUCCAAGAAAUUGGCUUCGCCGAAGUGGGUUCCUUCGAGUUGAACCUCACUGGGUACACCAACGAAGAACAUCGGAGGAGGAGGAAUUGGGGGUGGCAGAAGUGGACGCAGUGGGUAUUGGAAAUCGGAAACUGGGAAUGUGGACGACGGUACUAG